GAAAAUAUGAGAAAGUACACUAAAGAGAGGGAAAUGACAAAUGAAAAUAGAAAAGGACAAGAGUUCAUAAAGACAUCCGUUUAAUGGUCUUUUGCGGAAUCCAGAAAAAUUUUGUGAAAGUUUUAGAUUCCCCAUUUUCACGCUCUCUCUUUAGCCACCUCAUAAACCAAAUGCUAAUCGAGGUUUCAUUUUAAUGGCGGACAAUUCUCAAUUCGGGACUCCAUCUCUACCCCUCUAUCUAUUCUGACUUACUGUUGAGUUUCUGACUGUCAAUUCAGCUUCAAGAUAAACAAUGGGUGUUAAACUGUUACUGUGUGAACUUCCUUUCUUCCUUUGCCUGUUCUUUGCUCUUGUUUCAGCGUCUCCCUCUUUCCAGAAGCUGCAAGUCCGUAAACAUUUGAAUCGUUUGAAUAAACCUUCUGUCAAAACCAUUCAGAGCUCAGAUGGUGAUAAAAUUGACUGUGUUCCCAUUCAUCAUCAACCAGCCUUUGAUCAUCCUUUUCUGAAGAAUCAUACAAUUCAGAUGAGACCAAAUUAUCACCCUGAAGGUUUAUUUGAUGAGAGCAAAGUGAAGGUAGGCUCGAAACCGAAACCAAGAAGCCAACCAAUUACACAGCUGUGGCACUCCAAUGGUAAAUGUCCACAUGGGACUAUCCCCAUUAGGAGAACUAAGGAGGAGGAUGUAUUGAGAGCUAGUUCUGUUAAGAGAUAUGGACGGAAGAAGCACCGCAGCUUUGCUAAGCCCAGGUCUCCAGAUCCCGACCUUGUUAACCAAAGUGGCCAUCAGCAUGCAAUUGUGUAUGUUGAAGGAGACAAGUAUUUCGGAGCAAAGGCAACCAUAAACGUUUGGGAACCAAAAAUUCAGCAGCCUAAUGAGUUCAGUUUGUCACAAAUCUGGAUUUUGGGAGGUUCCUUUGGUGAAGAUCUAAAUAGCAUUGAAGCUGGUUGGCAGGUCAGUCCUGAUCUUUAUGGGGAUAACAACACAAGGCUCUUCACAUACUGGACAAGUGAUGCAUAUCAGGCCACAGGUUGCUACAACCUGUUAUGCUCAGGAUUCAUACAAAUCAACAGCGAGAUAGCAAUGGGAGCAAGUAUCUCCCCUGUCUCUGGGUUUCGAAAUUCCCAAUACGAUAUCAAUAUUCUUAUCUGGAAGGAUCCAAAGGAAGGGAACUGGUGGAUGCAGUUUGGGAAUGACUAUGUACUGGGCUACUGGCCAUCAUUCUUGUUCUCGUACUUGGCGGAUAGUGCUUCAAUGAUAGAAUGGGGAGGAGAGGUAGUUAACUCAGAACCAGAUGGACAUCAUACGUCGACUCAAAUGGGGAGUGGCCGUUUUCCAGAGGAAGGCUUUGGCAAAUCAAGUUACUUCAAAAACAUACAGGUUGUUGACGAGUCGAACAAUCUCAAGGCCCCAAAAGAUAUUGGUACCUUCACCGAGCAGCCUAACUGUUACAAUGUUCAAACGGGCAGUAACGGUGAUUGGGGUCAUUUCUUUUAUUAUGGAGGCCCUGGAAGAAACCCCAACUGCCCUUAGUUUUCAAAUGUAACUUGAAGUAAUACUCAAAAGUAGAAUGUUAUUAAAUUAUUACCCUUAAAAUAGAAGUAUCAAUUUUUAGAAAUGGAGCAGAAGCAGAGCAGAGGUACCCCAAUGGGCAAUGGGAAUGACUUCAAUCUCGCCUUGCUCUUGUAUAGAGUCUGAGUCAUUAACCCAGUAUCCCGCAUAAGAAAAGACUUGCUCUUGUAUAAUAUGUUGUAUCUCGGUGUUUUAACACCUUAUUUCUCGCUCCAAUGUCCCUUUGUUCUAUAUCGAUUUUUAUUGCUCACUAGUAUUGGGUUUUGAAACUCCUUCUCUAUGCAAGUCGAAGUGUGUGUAUGCAGGGAAGGUAUAAGGAUGCGGCCUGAGUUUCUCGCAUUAGCCUUGGUUCCAAAACAGAAUCGGAUAGCGGGUUAAGAGAGGAACGGGUCUGCUUUCAAUGCUAGUAUAUCAUUUGUAAUUAAUGAGAUCAUCUCAUAUAACAAUUUGUUUAAGGUGUUAAAUGCAUUUGGUCUUUGUUUAUGGAA